AUGUGUUUCGAUUCUCUGCCAACUGAAAUACUUUUCCUGAUUGGGAGUCAACUCCAAACUAUCAAUGAUUUAUUCAAUCUCUCGCGAGCAAAUCGGAUGCUCUUUAACUUGUUUGUUAAUGAGCUGUACAAAGCAAAUGUCAGGUGUGAUGGCGGCUCCGCUCUUGUUUGGUACUCAAGUCAGGGAAACGAGCCUUGCGUUAAAAGAAUGCUGGCCGCUGGCGCGGAUGUCAAUGUUCGGUCUCCCCGCCAGCAUCAAUCUACAGCUCUAUUAGAGGCUGUGAGUCGCAAUCACAAAACGCUCGUACAGAUCCUUCUCGAAAAGGGAGCCGCCCCAGAUGCAUCUGAUAUUCGAUCUAGACGGCCUCUGACGGUGGCGGUGGGUGGUCGCAGCGAUCUUGCUAUUACUCAGCUUCUUCUCGAUCAUGGGGCCAAAGCUGACGUUGCUUCUGAAAAGCGCCCGCCAUUACUAGAAGCAGUUCGUGGAAACCAGGCUUUGAAAGCAACCCUUUUAUUGAAGUGUGGGGCAGAUCCACGGAUAUCAGAGAAUUCCCAGGGAAUGAGUCUUUUGCAUGUAGCGGCGGUGAAGAAUGCAUCUCCUGUCAUUAUAGCUACACUAAUCAGGUCCGGUCUGUCCAUCAACUCAAUUGACGAAUACGGUAGAACACCACUCCAAUUAGCAGUGGAAUACUCUUCAGCGCGUGCUGUUCAAGUGUUGCUAUCACAUGGCGCGAACCCAAACGCCAAAGGCGGCCGUGGUGCCAUCCAAGGAAAAUCUGCUCUUUUCCGUGCAGUAUGUCCAAGAAAAGCCCACUCUCAGAAUAUGAAGAUACUUCGAGCCCUCCUGACGCAUGGAGUCGAAGUCGACUCCAAGGGCUUGUAUAAUCAAACAGCUUUACUCUAUGCGGUUUCUAAAGGAGCGCUGAAGAAGGCACAGGCAUUACUAGAAGUUGGAGCUAGCAUAAAAGCACGAGGUAUAUACGGAAUGACUGUACUGCAUACAGCCGUUGCAUCUCUUGAUUCAUCUCCCGGUAUGAUAGCCUGGCUGGUGGAAAAUGGAGCCGAUGUAAACUGGGUGGACGACAGAAAACACGAAACCCCGCUGUUUCACGCUAUUGAACGGUCACAACUCCAUCCAGGAUCGGAAAGAACCGAAAUAGUGGAGAGGCUAUUGUCUCUUGGAGCUAAUGUGCACUCUCAAAACGUGAAAGGAAUGGUUCCAUUGUCUCUUGCUUCUAAGAUGGGCUCCAUUAUCUUGUCGAAACUCCUGAUUCAACAUGGAGCCUUUAUCAAUUCACGAGACAUUCGAAUGAAAUCUCCAUUGCACCAUCUAUUUGAUACAAAGUACGGAAAUAUUUCAAAAAAACGGGAGAUAGCCAGAUUUUUGAUUCAAAACGGGGCCGAUGUCAACUCUCAGGAUUGCGACGGGCACACGCCUCUGCACAUCGCAGUCGCCACGGAAUGGACAUGGGAGAUAGUUGGGGAGCUAUUAGAGGCAGGAGCCGAUAGAUGUGCUAUGUCCAAAGAUGGGAAAUUUCCCUAUGAUAAGAUCCCUGAUGGUCCAUUUGCAGAGACUCAGCGUCUUAUUUUACGUCACUACCCUGUUUGA